AUGCUGGAAGAUAUGGAGCAAAUCUACGAAUGGUCAAUUUGCGAAGUCCCUGAUGUACAGCUGGGUACGUUUUCAACGCACCCAGCUGCGGAAUUAGUGGAAACCAUUAAGCAUGGCUGGAUGCGAACAUUUGCUUCAACAGCAUUUACAAUGUUUGCACGGAAUUCAGAGAUGUGUAACCUCGGAAGGGGUGAUAUUGCUUUCGGUUUCCGCACCAAUGGGCCCGCGCCUCGCCCCUACUUCACAAUUCGGCUCUCAGAGAGGAAAGGAUGGCAAAAGAAAGCAGCAGUAGAUAAGGACACCAUUCAGUGGUGGGGUGGAUGGAUUGCAAGUGCCGUCGAGGCGCCAGAUACCUUGGUAAAAUAUCUGGUCAAUGCCCUGCAUCGUCAAGAGACCACAUAUCCAGAUGCCCUCAACCCCGAUGCCAUGCGACGACCAUCAUUACUCAACCGAAAUCGUUGCAAGGCAUUACCCGCGCCGGAGGACACAUCUAGCACAUUUCAAGCGAUGAAAGAAGAGCUAAAAAGGUCAAUUGCACAGCAAUUUGACGAAUUCAAGGGUGCCUUGAGGGAAUGCAACAACACCAUGGUCGGGUCAUUGCUGUCGUCAUUCCUCCUCCAGUUGGUCGAUGCCGUACAACUUCCUCAUUCAUCGUUUUCAACAUCAGGUCAUACUUCCGGUUUCACUUCUCCCCCCUCCCAGCCACCAACCUUCCGAUCCUACGCACCAUCCACUGCGCAGGUAUUGGCAUUAUCCUCACCUCCUCAGACACCCGGGCCGAGCCCCUCUCGUAAUUCCGAUUUAUCCUUCACUACUCACCAGCCCGGGAAUUCGUCCCAGGAGGUCCCUGUAGCUGGGCUUGUUAUCCCAGACCUUCGGAGGGGUGCACUUGCGUGGAAAGACGCUGUUGAGCAGUGGGAGCAGGGUGGGAAGGGCCUUGCAAGGCCGUUAAAGGAUUGGCCAAAAGUGUGGUACACGGGUGGUAUGAAGAAUCUCUUUGGUUCUAAACGUUCCCAACGCCGUCUUAUUGCGGAAGCAUAUGCCAGAUGUGGAUCUGACGAUGACGAAUUCAUGAGAACAUAUCCAGCUGCUUCCAAAGGCGUGACACAUUUGCUUGAGCAGAUACGGGCGAGAAACCCUGAUCUUUGCUUGCGUCGAGCAAGCAAGAAUGGUCUUCCUGGUCAACGAAAUACGUAG